CUUCUUCUUCUUCAUCGACCUACAUAGAGGAACCUUCCCUGAGAAUCCAUUUUGGAAGGAAUCUCCAGUCUUUCAAUAGUAAAUGCAUUGCUCAGUUUCCUCUGUUUUUCGUCCAUUAUCUUCAGAUCCUGCAACAGCCAUAGCCACUUUGUGCUCAAAAGGGAACCUCCGAGAAGCUUUCCAGAGAUUCCGACUCAACAUCUUCACAAACACUUCUCUCUUCACGCCUUUUAUUCAAUCAUGCACCACAAGUCAAUCUCUUCCGUCUGGAAAGCAGCUUCAUGGCCUCCUCGUCGUCUCCGGAUUCUCUUCCGACAAGUUCAUAUGCAAUCACCUCAUGAGCAUGUACUCAAAGAUUGGGGAUUUUCCUUCAGCUGUCGCAUUGUAUGGCCGUAUGCCUAAGAAGAAUUACAUGUCAUCUAAUAUACUCAUCUAUGGGUAUGUACGUGCUGGGGAUUUGCCAAGUGCCCGGAAGGUGUUUGAUGAAAUGCCUGAUAGAAAGCUCACUACUUGGAAUGCCAUGAUCGCUGGAUUGAUCCAUUCUGAGUAUAACGAAGAGGGUUUAAGUUUAUUUAGAGAAAUGCACGGAUUGGGGUUUUGUCCCGACGAAUACACUCUUGGUAGUGUUUUUAGCGGAUCUGCUGGGUUGCGGUCAGUGUCCAUAGGGCAGCAGAUUCAUGGUUACACUAUCAAAUAUGGGCUUGAGUUGGAUUUAGUCGUUAAUAGUUCUUUGGCUCAUAUGUAUAUGAGAAAUGGGAAAUUGCAAGAUGGCGAAAUUGUCAUUAGAUCAAUGCCUGUUCGUAAUUUGGUUGCAUGGAAUACACUCAUCAUGGGGAACGCUCAAAACGGAUGUCCUGAAACCGUGCUUUAUCUGUAUAAGAUUAUGAAAAUCUCAGGUUGUAGGCCUAACAAGAUCACAUUUGUAACUGUGCUCAGUUCUUGUUCUGACUUGGCGAUUAGAGGUCAGGGUCAGCAGAUUCAUGCGGAAGCUAUUAAGAUCGGGGCUAGCUCUGUAGUAGCUGUGGUUAGUUCAUUGAUCAGUAUGUAUUCUAAAUGUGGGUGUCUUGAAGAUGCAGCUAAAGCUUUCUCAGAACGUAUUGAUGAAGAUGAAGUGAUGUGGAGCUCAAUGAUUUCUGCUUAUGGGUUUCAUGGACAUGGCGAUGAGGCAAUCAAAUUGUUUAAUACAAUGGUAGAGCAAACCGAGAUGGAGAUCAAUGAGGUCGCGUUUCUAAACUUGCUUUAUGCGUGUAGCCAUUCUGGUUUAAGAGACAAAGGGCUUGAGUUGUUUGACAUGAUGGUGGAAAAAUACGGGUUCAAGCCCGGUUUAAAACACUACACUUGUGUAGUGGAUUUGCUCGGUCGUGCAGGCAGUUUGGAUCAGGCCGAGGCAAAAAUAAGGUCUAUGCCAAUAAAACCAGACACCAUUAUAUGGAAAACACUAUUAUCUGCGUGUAACAUACACAAAAACACAGAAAUGGCACAGAGAGUCUUUCAAGAAAUUCUUCAGAUUGAUCCUAAUGACUCUGCUUGUUACGUCCUUCUUGCAAAUGUUCACGCCUCAGCUAAGAGAUGGCGCGAUGUCUCUGAGGUAAGAAAAUCAAUGAGAGAUAAGAAUGUGAAGAAAGAAGCGGGAAUAAGCUGGUUUGAACACAAAGGUGAAGUGCAUCGGUUUAAGAUGGGAGAUCGUUCUCAACCUAAAUCAAAAGAGAUAUACUCAUACCUGAAAGAGCUGACUCUCGAGAUGAAGUUGAAGGGAUACAAGCCUGAUACAGCUUCAGUGUUGCAUGAUAUGGAUGAGGAGGAGAAAGAAUCAGACUUGGUGCAACACAGCGAGAAACUAGCAGUUGCAUAUGCGCUCAUGAUAUUACCUGAAGGUGUACCUAUUAGAAUAAUCAAAAACUUGCGGGUUUGCAGCGAUUGCCAUGUUGCUUUCAGAUAUAUAUCAGUGAUCAAGAACCGAGAGAUCACAUUAAGAGAUGGGAGUAGAUUCCAUCAUUUCAGAAAUGGAAAGUGUUCUUGCGCUGAUUAUUGGUAGAUGGGCAUGAUGUGAUGAAACCAGUUUAAGUAUGCAAUAUGUGCUUCUGGACCUUUUUGGAGUGUCUAAGCACUCGGAUUGGAUCAAGAAGCCAUUUGGGACGAAAGCAAUUAGCAACAAGGGUAAAUUUGUAUACCUUUUGGCCCUUUCGAGCUAUGGACACUGAUUCAAAGACACAGGACUCAGGUUCUUUAGCAUGUAUUCUUUUCCUUUAAAUCACAAGUGAAAGGAGCAACACAUGGUGCUAAUCAAUGGUCAUUAACAUGUAUUCUCAUUGAUUCAUUGCGGGAUACGUUAAUAAGAGAUCUUAUGUAAGUAAGUUAUUGCUUUGUCAUGUAUUACGUAAAUAAAAGAUCUUACAUUGUACCUUGAGGUUGUCCCUAGCUAUGAUGUUCUUUAAAUGGGCACAGGAAAUCGUUCGCCUGCAACUUCACUUGCAAAGGACAUGUGUUUUCAUUUCAUUUGAGUGAGCAGAGAGCUUAUUUUUAAAGGGAAGAUUCUGAGAAGAUGGGCAAUAACAGUUUAGUCACAGUAGAGUUGGAAACAUUCAAAGACACGGAUUUCCUAAGAAACUGUUGAGUUUGGCUGAUUCAGUGCUUCAAGACCUUCCACACGCGAUUCCUUCCGUAGCAAAGAUGGGAAAACAUGAUAGACUUCUCUGCUCUUUUCCAACCUUGCAUUGAACACAGCUUGUGAAUCCGUCAGAUCAGAUUCCGAAAGUAAUGUCAGUUAGCUUCAACAACACUGCUUGUACUGUGUUCUAAACGUUUCUUUGAAUUGCAUAAUUUUCCUUUUAAUCACAAGUGAAGGGAGCAACAUAUGUGCUGAUCACUGUCAUAACUCAUAAGCAAUGUGUUCAAAUUGAUUCAUUAGUAAAUCUUGCGUAAGUAAGUUAUGCUUUGU